CAUCCAGUCACCAAGCAACUAUCGCAUCAGAAGCAGGUGCGCUUGAUGCAUUUGGAACCGAACAAGGGCCUACCAUUUCCAAAGAACUAGUUGAGCAUGAUGUCCGACCGUGACAUUGCGAGGGACAAGGCAGCCAGGUUGCUGAAGAAGCAGGGAAGUCUGUCAUCACUGGCCAGCAGCGAGGCCACACGCCAACAUGGAGCGUACAAAGUGGGUUCCAUGAGCACAGUGUCGUUCCUCGAUGAGCCUGGUCAUGACGAGACGUAUCGUGUCCCAGUCAGGUUUGAGAACACAUACCAACUUUCCCCCAAUAAACGCUUCCCAUACUCCAAGGUCCAGAACAUUAUAAAGGAUGUUAUGGAGGCAUAUUUAGCAGAGGAGAGAUACGAACCAGAACUCUGCAGACAGAUGUCCAAAACUCUCUCUGAGGUGAUCAAGGCCAGGGUCAAAGAGUUGAUGAUCCCUCGCUACAAGAUCAUCUGCCUUGUCCAUAUUGGUCAGCUGGGUGGUCAAGACAUGCGAGUCAGCAGCCGGUGCCUGUGGGAUGCCGGCAGCGACACUUUCUCCACUUCCGAAUUCCGCAAUCAACAUUUAUAUGCGAUAGGCUCUGUGUAUGGUGUGUACUAUGAAUGAGGAGAACUGACAUGUAUUACCGUUAUGAACACUUGUUGAUAAGCAAUAGGGGGUGUAAAUUUCAAGUUGUGAAUUGAGUGUUGACAGCUGUGGUAUACAGGAGUUAUCAACCCCCAUGCCAUUCCUAACUGUGAUAGACCAGUAUUGUUUGUUCAUUGGCCAGUGGCCAUGUUUAUUGUUUAAUUGUUUUACCUAUGUGGAGGUAAUACGGGAUCUGAUUUUAUUCAACUGCUUUUAAGGAUAAAAGCAUAUUUUAAAUUAUGAAUUCAAGUUGGUUGUAAAGAACUAAAAGAUAACAAGUAUUUAUACAUUUUUGCUAUCAAAUGUAUAUUUUUAGUAUAUUUAAAAAUGUUAGAAUUUUUUACUGGUCCAUUGACCCAAGUUGAAGAAUGUGCUGACUUUACCAAAAUGCCCUUUUAGUAUUGUUCCCUUAUUUCUUGGCAAUUUGAAUGAAAUCUAAAUAAGAUUUGAAUUAAAGAAUACGUAAAAGAAAGUCUGCCUACAUGUGUAAGGGAGCUUUAAUACCAGGGUUGUGUGGUACAUGUAAUGUGUCUCCCUUGUGGUGGAUGCAAACAGCUGUUUCAUGUGGUAUGUUCUAUAUAACGCAUAAUGGUAUAUUAUCAUGCUUGGUGAUCAUGAAUAUAGAUGCUACAUUAACUCACCUGAUUCAUUGACUGAAGUAGAUGAUAAACUACCCAGUUAAAUUCUAUAGAUAAUAUAGAAACGUCAAGAAAUCUGAUUUUUCCAAGGACUACCAAUGCAUUUUAAAUGAAACAUCGGAUACCAUGCACCAAUUUUACAUGAUAGGUGUACAAUAUAUCUGGCAAGAUUUCUCAGACCCUUAGGGCUUACUUGAAUUAAGUAAACGAUAAAUCUUAAAAUUAUUUGGACAAGUUACUGGGUAAUAAGGCAAAUGUUUGUUGGAGAAAAGCUUCACAUCUGAAGAGAUCAUGGAACUCUUCUCCAACUGCAGUAGCAUUACAUGAGUGACAGUUUGGGUCUUCUCUAGGCAGACCACACCAUUGACCACUCUCUCUUGGUAGGUUCUCAUGUAUGAUCAAAGGUGUAAGAUAGACAUGUUGUUUUGAAAGGAAUAGAUAACUUUUGAACCUUCCGUCCUUAUUAAUAUCAUAAUAGAACAAAAUUUGGGAACACCCUUUUACGAUAAGUUGCAAACUGGAUGAGUAUAUACCUUCAGCUCCGUCCCAUGAUUUGCCACUCAAUGAGUUGGCUGUAUGUCCUAUGUUAUGUUAAAUUUCAUUAAUUGAGUUGUUUCCCUUAGCCAUGCCAGGGUCUGCUAGUCAUGGGAUUUACCUAGAUUGUGAUCCUUGAUUUCACCCCAGUAGGUUGUAAGGGGGUGUGGAAGUCUCAAGACUGAAGGUCUGAAGGAAUUCAUUUCUUUCCUGCAUUGAACUUUGGAACUGCUCCCAUAGUUAACUCAAGUUUCUUUCUGUUGAAAUCUACACAAGCAGAUUGACUGGUGAAAUACAACACUGUCAGUCACACAGUGAAAUGUACAUAUCAGUGAGCAGGUGUUAUCUGUGUGGAGGACAUUGCAUGCUUUUCUGGCAUGUGCAUAUCAUUGUCUGUUGCCACUGUAGCCAGGAUACACAGUGAUCAGAUGAUCAGCAGAAACUGACAUGUUUUGUGUGGGAUUUCUGUUUAGAUAAUUGAGGGGUUUCAGGGACAGAAUAGUGAGCCAUGCAUACUAACAAUACUGACAUGAGAUACCAUGUACUUUUACUGUUGACAACUUCCCUUUUUCAAUUUCUUGAUUUUUCAAAGUAAAUAUGAAAGUCAAUACUCAGGAUUGUUUGCAAUUUUGUCGUAAGAAGCACAUUUUCAAAUUUUUUCAUGUUUGCUAGGCACAUAGAAGUUAAAUGUACAAUUUUUAACAUUUGAAACUUCCUAAUACAGUAUUCUGUCAUUUCAGUGAAUAUUUUGAUCAUGUCAUCUCUUGGAAGAAAGUGUUCUUAUUUUCGUAACAUGUCUUACGUAGCCAUAUUUGUGAAGUUUGUCCCGAUAUGGCUAUUGUAGAAUCAGUGUGAUAGUUUAACUCAUGUUAUGAAGGUAUUUCUCCUUCUGUUUAUUUUCUAACUUUGGUGUGAAGUUUUAAAGUUGUGUUGAGCUAAAAUCAAAUACUUCAAUAGCUCAGUCAUGUACCAUGUUACUUAGAGUAUUUUUAUGGCGGAUGAUGUUUUUUAUAUAGUGUGGUCUUUUUCAGAUGUUUAAAGGAGACAUACUGGCAUCCUUGUUUAUCCAGUGCAUUAAAUCACCAUUCUAACAUGAUAAAUACCCUUGAUCCAUUCUCCACUAUAGUUUUCUGUCCAGUUCUGAUGACUUGAUGCUUGCACUAGAUUUCCAGUCAAAGUUGAACUGUUCUUUCAGGAUUGACAAUCAGGCGAAUGCCUCUGUAGUCUUGUGGAUAGAGUGUCUGCCUGUAGAGCUGGUCAUUGGUUUGAUCCCUGGCCAUUUCAUACCCAAAGGCGUUAAAGGAUGGUGUUAGUUGUUACCCUGUCUGGCGCUCGGCAUUAUGGGGCUAAAACAAGGGCUGGUCAGCUGGGAAUCAGUCUGAGUGGGGUAUUCAUGUUAAACUGUGGCAUGGGUUUGUAGUAUAAAACCUGCAUUAGUCUUAACUAGCACAAGCGUACACAAUGCUAUAUAACCGCCAUAAUGAUAACCUCAUUUCACCUCUCCUCAUUAUAAUAGUUAAUUAAUAACUGUCGUGUGAUGACUUUGCAAUAUCUAAAUGUUGAUCUCACGUUCAAGAGGCAUUUGGAUUUUAAGCUCAUUGAGCUGUUGAUGUCACCUCUGAAAUGAAGCUAUGGUGGGGAAUAGGUCCCGGGUUUGUUUCAUAUUGGAAUUGAGAUAUGUCAUACCAGAUGCUCCUCGGAGAUGCUUGUCUUCUUUGCUUGUCAAACUAUGUUUGAUUUCAGCUCCACAGCCUCUGAAGAAAAACACCAUUAACAUCCAAUUAACAUCACAAUGCUUCCAUCCCAGCGUGUACAUUUCAGAUAUGUCGUAAGUGAAACAUACCUGCAAUGUUUACUUGUAGGUAGUUACAUCACCAUCAUUGAUGUCAUUAAUGUAUAUACAUGUCCAUGUUGUUUAUGCUUGCUGAUGUAUAUAUGUUGAUGGCAGCCUUUCCUCUACUGGGACUGCUCCACAGAUUAACCUUGGUGUGCGACAUGCAAUGUACGAGGUGCAUCCAGGGGGGAUUGCCCAGUGUGGGGUGGCCAGGGUUGAAAUGUACACCUGCUGACAGUGAUGCCUUAAUGUCUGGUGUACAGAAGAAAUGUACAUAGCUUUAGUAGGGUGGUGUGUUAUAUGCUGUGUGGAGUAGCAUGAUCAGUUUGAUAUUCAUGUCAUCCCAAUAGAUUUUCUGUUGUUUUUUUGUACUUGUGGCUUGAAGAUGAAGUUUAAAGUGUUUGUAGAAGACUGCAUCAAAGACCUACAUUUAUUUUUAAAGUGUUUGAUGGUUAUUGUAGUUGAGCCUAGUGGUUGAAGGACCCACAUUUCACUGUGUGGUCUGUUAGACGUGCCAGGAUCUCCGGUUGUGUUUUUAUAUUCUAUAUUCACCGAUGGUCCGGAAAUUAUUUUGCCAAUCGGACAUUUGCAUUUUGGUCAUGCCCACCUCAUAUCUUUCAACCUAUUGGUAUGUAGGUCCGUGUGGCUGAGGUGAUUGAUGUUGACCGAAUUUUAAAAUGUCCGGUUUACACAAUUUCAAAUCGGACAUUUUCACUCACAAGUACGGCGCACAGACCAAUUCCUGGAUCCCAGAUAUUCACUCUGAUUAUGUUGCUUCUGCACUUAGGGUUUAUAUACCGACACCUGAUUUAACUGAAAUACUGUUCAACCUAUACCUGUUAUUUCUAAAUAGCACAAUAUUAUUGACCAUCACUUGCAGUAUAGUGAUUAGUCAUAAUGAAUAAAUAUGCAAUUGAGGUGACCUAGCAGGAGGUACUAUUGAUAAGCUCUAUGCAUCGGUGGAAUGCCUACUUACUGGAUAUGCUAUUGCAUAAUGUUCCUAACGUUUAGAUAGUAUGUGUGAGUGCUGUAAACAAACACGGCUGAAAUCAGCACUAUGUAACAAACAGGGCUGUUUACUCAGGCAUUGUAUUCAUACGCGGUUCCUAACAUUACUUUGCUAAUAUGAAUGAUGUUUUAAGAAAACAAUUAUAUUAUUUCUCUUACUAUAGCGGGAUGCUUAUUAUGUUGAAUAUGUUAA